UCGGUGCAGUCGUCACUCCUGUCUGGGUACCAGCUCCCCGCUGCCCUGCGCACGGCGGGCUGGCAUCGGGCCCGGGGAAAGCCGAGCAGAUCUGCCUGCAUGUCUGCUGCAGGGUUUGAGAUGACUGCAAGCAAAAAAACAAGGAGGAAAUUGCCUCUGAUCAGUAUAGACUGGUCCACCUCCAGUGGCAGCUGUAGUGACCUUUGAGUGGCUGAAGACCAGCACCCUCACAAGCUUACAUCCAGACCUAACACUCUCUUUCUCCAGCCCAACUGAGCCCUCCUAUACCUUAUUUGUGCUUUCAACAGGGGUGAUUACAUGGGUCGCAUUCAGGAAGUAGGCUGGGUGACUGCAGGACUGAUGAUCUGGGUUGGUACCUGCUACUACAUUUACAGAUUAACCAAGGGAAGAGUUCAGAGUGUGAGGAGACCUGCCAACAAUGGGUCUAGAGUCAAGAUGGAGACCAUGGCUGGGGUACAGAACCAGACCUUGGCCAUCAGUGAAACCAUGGCUGAGACAGAGAUUGAAACUAGACCCAAGGCCAAGACUGGAGAAGAAACUGGAACAAGUGGAGCUGGAGCCGAAGUAGAGACUAAGGCCACUGCUAGAGCCAGACCCAAAGCUAGCUCUCAGGCCAAGGCAAUGGCUGGGGCAGAGGCAGAGGCCCAAUCUGAAGUCAAAACAGUGGUUGUGACAGAAGCAGUGACUCUGGCUGAAGUCAAAGUCAAAGCCAAGGAAGUGACCAUGAAAGAGGCAGUGACUCAAACUGACUCUGAGGCUUGCAGAGUAGUCAAGAAAGAGGCAGUGACCCAGACCAAGGCUAAAGCUUGGAGACUGAUUGCCAGGGCAGGGAUCAAGAAAGAGGCAAUGACUCAGACCAAAGUGGAAGCUUGUAUAUUGACUGAAAAAGAGCCAGAGAUGAACAGAGCACUGGUGGCACAGAAUGAGACCUUGGCAGUGACCAAAGAAGUAGCCAAGAUAAGUGCCAUAAACAAGACUGAAAUUGUGUCAGAGACCAAAGCAAAAACCCUGGAAGAGACUGUGAAUGUGGCCAAGACUCAGUCUGAGACCAGGCCUCAUGCCACAAUUGAUGCUAAGGGAAAUCUUACCACCAUGCCCAGGGCAGAAGCUGGAGUGGAUAUGAGGUCUUGUGCACUGUCUCAGGCUGUGACCAAGAUCCAGGUUGCUGACAUGUCUCAUGCUGGGGUUGAAGCUAAGGGAAAUCAUAAAACUGUGUCUAGGGCAAUGUCUGAGGCAGACAUAAGGGCUUUUGCCCAGCCUCAGAUUGUAACCAAGGCCCAGGCUGAGACCCUGUCUAAGGAAAGGAUUAAUUCUGGGGGUCAUACUAAUGCCAUCUCUAAGGCAGGGGUGGGGACAGAUAUAAGAACUUCUACACAUCCUCAGACUGCGGCCAAGCAACGGCCUGAAGCAACUUCUGGUGCCAGGGUUGAUGACAAAGGAAAUACCAAUGUCAUGACAUCUAGGGCAAUGACUGGAGUUGACAUGAAGGCUGUUGCUCAGCCUGAGACUGUGCCUGAUGCCAGAGUUAAGGGUAGAGGCAACCCCAAUGUCAUGUCUAAAACAGGGACCAAGGCAAACUUGAGAGACAAUUCCCAGGUCGAGCUCUUGCCUGAUUCCAGGGUUAAAACCAGAGAUAAUCCCAAUGCCAUGUCUAAGGUGGGGGCAGGGACAGAUAUGUUGUCCUAUACACAGCUUCAGCCUAUGGCCAGUGUCCAGACUGAUGCUUUGCCUGAUUUCAGGAUUAAGGCUAAGGGCAAUGCCAACACCAUGGCUAAGGAAGGGGCUGGGACAGACACAAAGGCACAGUCUCAGGCUUCUGCCAAGAGCCAGGUUGAGGUCUUACCUAGUACUAGAGUUAAGGCUAGGGGCAAAGCCAAAGGCAAGUGUAAGGCAGAUGUUGGGACAGAUGUAAAAACUUGUGCACAGCCUCAGGCUGGGGCCAAGACCCAAGCUGAUGCUUUGUGUGAUUCCAGGGUUGAUGCCAGAGGAGAUCCUAAUGCCAUUUCUAGGGCAGUGGCUAAGGCAGAACUGAGGGCCUGUGAUCAGCCUCAGGCUAUGACCAGUGCCCAGAAUGAAUCCUUGUCUGGUGCCCAGAAAAAGGUCCGAGGCAAUCCCAAUGCUGUGUCUAAGGCAGAGACUGGAGCAGAUAUAAUGUGCUCUUCUCAGCCUCAGGCUGUGGCCAAUUUCCAAGGCGAAGCUUUGCCUGGUGUCAGGAAUAAGGUCAAGGGCAAUCCCAAUGUUUUGUCUAAGCCCGGGGCUUGGCCAGAUGCAACAGUCUCUGCCCAGCCUCAGGUUAUGGCCAGUUCUCAGGGUGAGGCCUUGCCUGAUACCAAGAAUAAGGUCAAGGGCAAUCUCAAUGCUGUGUCUAAGGCAGAGGCCAAGGCAGAUGCAAUGGGUUCUGCCCAACCGCAGGCUAUGUCUAAUUGCCAAGGUGAAGGUUUGCCUGGGACCAAGAACAAGGCCAAUACUGUGUCUAAAGCAAGAGCUGUGCCAGAUACAAUGGGUUCUUUUCCGUCCCAAGCUAUGACCAGUUCUCAGGGCGAGGCCUUGCCUGGUGCCAGGAAUAAGGUCAGGGACAAUCCCAAUGCUGUGUCUAAGGCAGAGGCCAGGACAGAUGCAACAGGCUCUGCACAGCCUCAGGCUGUGUCUGAUUCCCAAGGUGAAGCCUUGCUUGGUGUCAGGAAUAAGGUCAAGGGCAAUCCCAAUACUGUGUCUAAGUCCGGAGCUGGGCCAGAUGCAAUGGUCUCUGCCCAGCCUCACGCUGUGGUCAAUUCCCAGGAUGAGGCCUUGCCCGAAACCAAGAAUGAGGUCAAGGGCAAUCUCAAUGCUGUGCCUAAGGCAAGGGCUGAGCCAGAUACAAUCGGUUCUUUUCAGACCCAGGCUAUGACCAGUUCUCAGGGUGAGGCCUUGCUUGGUUCCAGGAAUAAGGUCAGAGACAAUCCCAAUGCUGUGUGUAAGGCAGAAGGCAGGGCAGAUGCAAAAGGCUCUGCUCAGCCCCAGGCUGUGUCUGAUUCCCAAGGUGAAGCCUUGCUUGGUGCCAGGAAUAAGGUCAGGGACAAUCCCAAUGCUGUGUCCAAGUCAGAGGCUGGAGCAGAUACAACAGGCUCUGCUCAGCCCCAGGUUUUGGACAGUUCUCAGAGUGAGGCCUUACUUGGUGCCAGGAGUAAGGUCAGGGGCAAUCCCAAUGCUGAGUCUAAGGUAGAGGCAAGGAUAGAUAAAAUGGGCUUUUGCCAGCUUCGGUCCAUGGCCCAUUCCCAGAGUAAGACCUUGUUUGGUGCAACAGACAAGGCUGUACCCAAGUCUGAGGUGGAAGCCACAGAGAAAGUUGAUGUCUGUGAAAAUCUCAAAACUAAGGUCAUUCCCACUUCUGAGAGUGAGGUUGGGGAAGGCACUCAGGCCUGUGGAAAGACUCAGCCUGAGGUUCCUGACUAUCACUGGAGGGGAAUUGGUUUUGAAGAUUGGAUUGCUUCUGAGCGAUGGAUCAAAUUUAGGUUUCAGGCCAGAGAUGGAUACUGGGAGAAUAGCAUGUCCUGGGCUGAGGAUGAGAUUGAAGCCAGUAUUGAGUCCUGGAGUGGGCCUAGUGAUAAGUCUGGUAUUAGAUCCUGGCCUGGGGCAGAGAAUGAAGUUGAUAUUGGAUCCUGGGCUGGAGCUGGGGACCAGGCCAGUGCAGAGCUCUGGGCUGAGGACAAGGCCAGUGGAGGGUCCUGGACUGGGGCUGAAAACCAGGUCAGUGGGGCGUCUUGGGCUGGCACUAGGAACCAGGCUAUUGGGGAACUCUGGACUGGAGAUCAGGCCAGUGAGGGUUUCUGGUCUGGGGGUCAGACCAGUGGAGUGUCCUGGGCUGAGAAAGAGGUCAUUGUAGGGUCCUGGACUGUGGCUGAGAGCCACACCAAUGAAGGGUGCUGUACUGAGGCUGAAGAAAAGAUCAGUGGAAGAUCUCUAGAUGUGGCUGGUAAUCAGACUAAUGGAGGGUCCUGGACUGAGGCUAACGUUGGGAAUGAGGCUAGUACUGAGUACUGGGCUGCGGCUCUGGAUCAGGCUAGUGGAGAGUCCUGGUUUGGGACUGAAGAUUCACUUGGUGAUGGAUCCAAUCCUAGAUUUGAUCAUCAGGCCAAUGAAAAUGUGUCCUGGGCUGGAGCUGGUGGCCAAGGUAGUGGAGGGUCUAGGCUGGGUUCUGAGGACCAGUCUAGUGGAAGAUCCUGGGCUGACACUACAGACCAAGCAAAUGGAAUGUCUGGGCUGGGGUCUGUGGACAAGUCCAGUGGUGGGUCUUGGGCUAGGGCUGGGAACCAGGCCAGUGGAAGAUUCUUGGUUGGGGCUGUGGACCAGGUUAUUGAGGGGUCCUGGCUUGGGACUGGUGAUCAGUCUGGUGGUGGGUCCAAGUCUAUAUCGGAGGAUCAGGUCAGUGAAGAAGGGUCUUUGGCUGGGGUGGGUAGUCAGGCUGGUGGAGGAUCCAGGUUGGGGCCUGAGGACCAGUCUAGUGACGGAUCCUGGCCUGACUUUGGAGACCAAGCCAGUGGAGGAUUCUUGGUUGAAACUAUGGACAAGACCAAAGGAGGGUCCUGGGCUGGACCUGGAGAUCAGGCUGGUGGUAAGGCAAAGCCUAGAUUUGAGGAUCAGGCCAGUAGAAGAGGAUCCUGGCUUGACAAUGAGGGGCAGGCUGGUGGAGAGUCUAGGCUAGGGCCCAGAGACCAAUCCAUUGGAGAUUCUUGGGCUAGCACUGAGGACCAGGCCAGUGGAGGGUCCGUGCUGGGGCCUGAAGAUCAGUCCAAUGUAUGGUUCUGUGCUUGCAAUGGAAGUCAGGCCAAUGCAAGAGUGUUUUGGGGUGGGGUUGGUAGCCAGGCCAUUGGAGGGUAUAGUCCAGAGUCCACAGACCAGUUCAGUGGUGGGUCCUGGGCUAGCACUGGGUGUCAGGCCAGUGGAAGGUCCUGGGUUGGGACUGAGGAUCAGGCAGGUAGUUGUUCCAAAUUUGGAUUUGAGGAUCAGGCCAGUGGAAGAAGCUCUCGGGCUGGUGCUGGAGAUCAAGCGAGUGGAAAAUCCUGGGCUGGGCCUAGGCUGGUGCCUGAGAACCAAGCAAGAGGAGGGUCUUGGGCUAGGACUCAGGACCAGGCCAGUGGAAGGUCCCAGGUCAGUGCUGGGAUGGAGGCCAAUGAAGGAUACUGGUUUGGGGUUGAGAGUGAGACUAAUACAGAGUACUGGUUCUGGAGAAGGGAAGAAGCUGGUAUUGUGUCCAAGCCUGGAGCUAAAAAUGAACCCAGUAUUGAAUCCAGAUCAGGGGCUGAGGAAGAGGGCAUCAUUAGUUCCAGUUUUGGGGCUGAGGACAAGACCAUAAUUGGAUCCUGGAUCAGAUCUGAAGAGAAGGCUUAUGUGGAUUCCUGUGUGGGGGCUGAGGCUGGAGCUGAGGCCAGGAAAGAAUCUUGGCUCUGGGAUGGAGAUGCAACCACUACAGGGUCUAGACUUGGGGCAGGGGAAGACCCUGGCAUGGGGUCCUGGACUUUGGCUGAAGAUAUAGAUGAGUAUGAGCUGAGUAGAGUGUCCAGCCCUGAUAUUGAAGAGAUCAGUUUAAGGUCCUUGUUUUGGGCUGAAAGUGAGAACAGUAACAAAUACAGAUCCAAGAGUGAGAAAAAUGUCAGUUUUGGGUGUGGGGCUGGAGACAAGGCCAGCACCAAGGAUAAACUUGAGGCUGCUGACGGAGUCGAUGUAAAGUCUUGUUUCUGGGAUGCUAAUGAAAACAGAAGUGAAGACAAAUCUGCACCUAAGAUUAAAGCCAAAAAGUCAUCUGAGUCAAGAGGCACAUAUCCAUCCAUGGUUCCUGGGGCAGGAAUGGGGUCAUGGGCGGGAGCCAUGAUCUGGACGGAAAUGAAAUUUCCAUACCAAAAUGAGUCCUGCUUACUACCUGAAGAUGAGCUCAGAAAGCAGAUCAGGUCUGAGGAGAAAACUCAGCCCUGGUCCUGCCAUUGUAAACGCAAAGCUAAUAUGGAUCCACGAGAGCUUGAGAAACUCAUUUGCAUGAUUGAGAUGACUGAAGAUCCUUCUAUUCAUGAAAUAGCCAAUAAUGCGCUAUAUAACAGUCCUGAUUAUUCAUUUUCCCACGAAGUCAUUCGCAAUGCAGGUAGAAUCUCAAUUAUUGAAAGCUUGCUCAAUAAUCCCCACCCCAGUGUUAGGCAGAAGGCUUUAAAUGCACUAAAUAACAUCUCAGUGGCUGCUGAAAAUCAUAGGAAGGUUAAAACAUACUUAAACCAAGUAUGUGAAGACACUGUCACCUAUCCUCUGAAUUCAAAUGUACAGCUGGCUGGACUAAGAUUGAUAAAGCACUUAACUAUUAUUAGUGAAUAUCAGCAUAUGGUUACAAAUUAUAUUUCAGAAUUUCUUCGUUUGUUAACUGUGGGAAGUGGAGAAACUAAAGACCAUAUUUUGGGAAUGCUUUUGAAUUUCUCUAAAAAUCCCUCUAUGACAAAAGACUUGCUCAUAGCUAAUGCACCAACAUCACUGAUUAAUAUCUUUAGCAAGAAAGAGACAAAAGAGAAUAUUCUUAAUGCUCUUUCACUAUUUGAAAAUAUAAAUUACCAUUUUAAAAGAAGAGCAAAAGUAUUUACCCAGGAUAAGUUCAGUAAAAAUUCCCUUUAUUUCAUAUUCCAACGACCUAAAGCAUGUGCCAAGAAACUUCGAGUCUUAGCAGCAGAAUACAAUGACCCUGAGGUGAAAGAAAGAGUUGAGUUAUUAUUAAGUAAACUCUGAUUAGUUGUAUGUUUCCAAACAAAGCUGAGUAAUGUUUUGGUUUUGCAACCUAGGGGUAAUACACUCUGUAAAUUGUAUUAUAACUUUGAGACUGAUGUUACUUCUGAUGGUUGAGAGCUGGACUAUUUUAUGAACACCAAAUGAAUUCAAACUUGUACUGAAAUUACAUGUGUUGAUUUUUACCUUGUCUGGGUUGAGAUAUUUUUAGUAUGCUUCAUGAGCAGACACUAAACUGAUUCUUCAUAAUUAAGGUAAUCUUUGGUCCUUUGUGUGGACUUAUGUUUAUACAUUUGAGAUUUUAUUUUUGUCAUCAAUAAAGUUGUGUUUUAAGCA